GGCAGGAGUCAGCUAACCACUGCCCACAGCACGCAGGAGCACUCAUCCUGCCCCAAAGCCUUCAGAGACCAGUUCAGAGCCUUGCUUGCCUGUGACGGUGCCAGGGAAGGUGCAGUGUAAGCUACUUGCUGAGGACGGUCGGGGGACAAGUCUGCGGAGAUGUGCUCCACCUCUUUCUCCUCUGUGCCAGCCAGCUCCUCCUGUUGAAAAUAGCUAAGCCUGCUGUUCGGGAUUCUUAGAACCGCAGCCCCAGAGGGACCUCUCUAGGGGCAAACUGACCCCACACACUGGGAACUUUAUUACCUAGAGCUUGGCCUGCCCACUGCAGCAGUUCUCAGGAAGUGCAAGUGUCUCCCACAACAGCAUCUCUCCGUGCUUGCUUCUCCCUCCUCUGAGGAAGGGGUGAGGCCCCAGCCCUGGGGGUCCCGAGCAGCCUGAGGGUUCAGAGCCUCUGAAACCUGUCUGUAGGCACCCCGGAGCACAGAGCCAGUGGAGGCGGCCAGGAGAGAAUCAAGAGAAAAAUCUAAAAUUUUCAAUAUUCAGAAACACACGUGGUGGCAGUUGGUGUAGAGAACACCGAAGUCACUGAAUAACUGUGUAACUGCUGGACUACCUUGUUUUGUCUUUCUGGUCCAGACAAGGAGGGAUCGGUCCGGAUCUGGGGCCUGCGGGGAAUGUCCAUGGGAGCCUCAGAGGCCAUUUCGCGUGGCUCUGACUCACCCUGACUCUCCCGUGGAGCGGAAAGGAGGCAACAUCACGCCACUCAGGUGUGGCCAGCCUUUGACCAUUGUUGUGAAUCCCCAGGAGUCACCACAGGCCCUUCCCGAUUACUCAUUUCACUUUAGCCGUGGUUCAGCUAAGACUUUGGGCUCAAGGAAAGCCGUAGAAGAGGAGACAGGAUGAGGCGGGAAGACGAGGAAGAGGAGGGAACCAGGAUGAAGGCAAAGGGAGACCUAGAGAUGAAGGAGGAAGAGGUGGUCAGUGAGAAGGGAGAGCUGGUUGGCCCUUUCGUGAGCACCAUGCCCACCCCUAUGCCGCACAACAAGGGGACCCGGUUUUCCGAGGUGUGGGAGUAUUUCCACCUGGCCCCCGUUCGCGCUGGCCACCACCCCAACCAAUAUGCCACCUGCCGCCUGUGUGGCAGGCAGGUGAGUCGUGGCCCUGGGGUUAACGUGGGCACCACAGCCUUGUGGAAACAUCUGAAGAGCAUGCAUAGAGAGGAGCUGGAGAAGACUGGCCAUGGUCAGGUGGGGCAGCGCAAGGACCCGAGGCCCCAGGGGCCACAGCUCCCCGUGGGUAUUGAGGGCGACUGGGCCCGGCUCCUGGAGCAGGUGGGGGCCCUGGCUCUGUGGGCCAGCCAGAGGGAAAAGGAGGUGCUUAGGAGGGAGAGGGCAGUGGAAUGGCGGGAGAGGGCAGUGGAAAGGAGAGAGCGAGCCCUGGAGGAGGUAGAGAGGGCCAUCCUGGAGAUGAAGUGGAAGGUGAGGGCUGAGAAGGAAGCCUGUCAGAGGGAGCAAGAGCAGCCUGCCGUGGCUCAUCCCUUCCAUUUUGUUUAAUCAGUUGGGGAGGUAUCUGUUCCGAAAACACAGACUUCAGGCUCACAGCAAAGAGCCACUUUAGCUUAAGUUGAAAGUAUUUUGUUUUUAAGAGAAAGCGUGCAUAGUAUGAGUUACUCUCAGCAGGUGUAAGUUGACCAAACACCUUUCUACAGGUUUCCUGAAGCUGUCCUGAUCAAAACGUAAAAAUGUAUUGACUGAAGAUAAAUGUUGUUUUGCCACCAUGGGUCUGCGAGUUUGGGUGCAGAAUGUACCAUCUUGUCAGUGUUGAUGAGUGAAAAUAACAGGAUUUAUGCUCAGCACUUGGUUUUGGUGGAGGUGACGGUUCUGAGAGUUGAGGCUGGUGGGGUAGCUGGAAUGUGCCUAUGUGACCAGCUCACUCUAACAGGUGACACCAGGAGCAGAGCCUAGGCUUCCUGGGGCCCCUGCGUUUGCACCCAUCCUGGUGGUGAGUUGAGAACUGGGUACAGAGCUUGUUUUGUGGGGCCCCGCUGUGGAAGGACACCGAAGCUUGGGCCUGAGAUCUUGGGACCCAUCUUUCUCUUGUGCCACCUGCUCAUAUUAAAGCUGUGCCACCAGCAGAA